AUGUCCGACGAAAACGGUCCUGUUCCGGCCCGUGAGUUUUGGUUCUCUUCCGAUGAGGGUCCCUUGGGCUGGCGUCUGGAUGUCGUGACGUUGCUCGCCGUCAUUGGCGAGUCUUCAAUCGCAGAUCAUGCCCAGGCCAUUACUGCCAGCAUGCUGUGCCUCUUACCUCGCAUCAUUCCUGCUCCACAAGCUUUGCUGAAGGGGACACGGCCCGCUCGAAUGCCCGAGACGGCAGCCAAAAUCACUGGUGUUUACAGCGGCGUCACCUUGGACUCGGUAGGGUUCUUUGCCAAUAUUAUACACCCGCUGGAUGAAUUCGCCCCAUUCGGAUUCAAGGUUUUGAAAAUCACCCACAAUGACGAGAAUGAAGCCGGCGAUAUAGAGAUGCCGAAGGCAGGCAGUCGUGGAAUCGGCAGGUUCUUUGGUAGAAGGACAAACACGUCCAAGUCCGACUUCGCGAUGCGGAGGCUUCCCCGCGGCCCAAGCAGUGAAUCAAACGGAGACUUUGGUGCAGCAACGACGACAAGCUAUGACAGAGCAGAUGUCGAGUCUCAGGCACCCCCCAAUCCGGGCAUCAUACGACGACAGACGGUCAAGCAGCGGAUGACUGGUUUCAUUGCGAACCCAACCUUGGCCAACAAUGCCAAACGCCCUGCUGUGCCGGCUGCGCUUUGGUCGCCUGUGCACAUUCUCAGCAUCUUCUCCAUGUGUCUCACCUUUGCUAUAAUUGGAUUUGCUGCUCAUUAUCGUGAUGGCACAGCCAUUUUGGCAGUGGCCUUGAUUUCAGUCGCGAGUUCCAUCACCGGCGCCGCCUCGUGGUGGCGGCCCCUUCUUAUGAGGAGGAGUCACACGAACAAGGUUCCCAAGGGCGAUGUGGUGAUUCGUACCCGGGAGGGCGCCUUUUUGCUCAUCAAAUGCACGGAAAAUGUUGCUCGCGAACUAUAUGCCGGCACUGAGGAAUGCGAGUAUCGCGUGGGUGGUCAGUGGUACAAAGUUCUCAUGGGCUUCGGCACCUUUCUGCUCAUGGUCAGCGUCAUCUUGCUCGGCAACUGCAAGUGGAACUCGCAACUAUUUAUUGGCGGCUCGUAUAUUAGUCUGAACGGCAUGUAUUGGGUCAUGGGCUUGCUUCCCAAGAAAUACUUUUGGGAUUUGAGCAGGUACCAUAUCCAGGAUAUAACACCAAAGGAUGCUUUGAAUGCCCAUGAUAUCACGGACAAAGACGAUCCUCGAGAAGGCUUCAAGAGCUUCACUCGCACCUUGUGGUGGUGCAUCCGCGAGACAAAACAUACCGCAUGGGUCGAACGCUCGGGUGCCGCGCCCUCGACACCGCAAUGGAGGGCCUGGCUUGACGAGGCCGAAACGGCCGCUGAGAGUGGCAACCGCACUUGGCCCUCAAUCGGGCGAAAGGACGAUCUCAUGAGGAUGACAGAGGAUCAGCUCAAGGAGGAGAGGGAGCAGCAGCGACGGCAUGGCGACUCCAGGGAACAGCAUAGACCUGAUCCGGCUGAGCAGAUCGCUCCGGCCUCUCAAGUCCAACCGAGCGAACAGAGGAGAGAUCCUGGUGCUUUUUGA